UGCAUAGAGGGAAGAAGAAGAAAAUAAUGAACAAACGAAUAGAUGAAAGAAAUGGAAUAAAGAACAAAAGAACCAAACCAGCAUAGCCCGAGGCUAGCUAGGAGCCAAAAAGAACCAGAUCAUCAUCGGAGGUCCUGUUUCUCCGUGCGCCAGAUAUAUCUUCCUCCGACAUCUUCUCCAUCACCUCCAGUGAAUCGGGAGCGAUCUGCACCUUGUGAUUCUCUGGAAGAGAUGCAACAUCUUCUUCCCUGCAGAAACAGAAUAGAGACCGGAUAGGGGGACUUAUACUUGGACUGAGAAGGAGGGGAAAAAGGCAAAAGAAGAGGAAAUGGUGGGUGGCGGUUCAGGGGUAGUGGUGGUGCUGGUGGUGAUAGAGUUCUUGGAACAGGGGCUGAGCACCAUGAGCAAAGCAGCCAUGAGCAGGGGCAUGAGCAACUUCAUCUUCGUCGCUUACUCCAAUGCUCUCGCCAUCUUCUUCCUUUGCUCUGCUUCUCUCCUCUAUUACAGGAAAAGAAGGCUUCCCAAACUCACCAUCUCCAUAGCUCUCAGAAUCUUUCUGCUGAGUCUGAUAGCGACAUGUUUGCAACUGUUGAUGUUUGUGGGGAUCGGAUACAGCUCUCCUACUUUGGCCUCGGUCAUGACCGAUCUCACUCCUGCUUUCACUUUCAUUCUUGCUCUCAUCUCCAGGAUGGAAAAAAUUGACUUGAGAGUGCAAAGCAGCAUGGCUAAAUUAGUGGGUACAAUAGUAUGCAUCGCUGGUGCUCUCACUGUUACACUCUACAAAGGCCUCCCGCUCACAAAUGGUUCACCAUCGAUGCCUCAAGAGCUCCCUCUUCAGCUGCAAUCAAGCUGGAUUUUUGGUGGCUUUCUUCUCGCCUGUGCUGCCUUCUUGGUCUCACUUUUGCUAGUUGUGCAGACAUGGAUAGUGAAGGAUUAUCCAGCAGAGCUCAUGUUGACACUCUUAGCUUGUGUCGUCGUGACAAUACAGUCCACCAUUGUGGCUCUGAUAGUGGAGAAAGACGUGAAUGCUUGGAAGUUGAAGCCUGACAUAGAGUUGAUGACCAUAGUUUACUCGGCAUUUUUCGUGGUAUCUAUAAGGAGUGUGACUCACACAUGGGUGUGCAAGACCAAAGGGCCUCUCUACCUCUCCAUGAUUAAGCCACUUGGCAUGAUCAUUGCCUCUGUGAUGGGGGUUUCUUUGCUUGGUGACACUCUUUAUCUUGGAAGUGUGAUUGGAGGAAUCAUAAUAGCUUUUGGGUUUUAUGCUGUCGUGUGGGGGAAAGCCCAGGAAGAGAAGGUGGUUGAAGAAAGUGGAAGUAUCAGCUGCGAGUCUUCCUCUCCUAAAGUACCUCUUUUGAACAAACACAUGGAAGCAUAGCACAUCUCUUAUCUAGACUGCCAUCCGAUUUUGGAUUCAUAGUCAGAUACAUGGCCAGGCUCAAACAGGGAAUUUUUAUAGAACAACAUGCACUUUUGUUCAUUUGUUUGUAAGCUCAGAUGCUUUUAUUAGAUAAAGCAGACUUACUUGCAUGCUUAGGACUUCUGAUCCUUGUAAAGUUUCCAUUGCCAAGUAUCUUUUUUGGUGUCUUGGCAUUGUAAUGUUUUUCUUUUUGAUCCA